AUGGAGGCGGACGACUACGACAGGCGGCAGGCAAAAGAUGGGACAGUGGCUGGCGCGAACGUCUGGCUGCAAGAGCCAGCGAGGUUUCGCGAGGCUGCCCUCACCUAUUACCAUGCUGCGGAGGAACUUGGCAAGAAACUCUUCCGGCUCUUUGCUCUGGCAUUGGAGAUACUGGAGGACUACUUCGACGAUAAGACGAAGAACUCGGCUGCGCUCAUGCCAGUCCUCCACUAUCCACCGCAGACAGGACCCGUGGACGACAGAGUCAGGUUGACAACCGUCACUCCUAACGCGCAGCUGGGAGGUCAGUGCGGUCGUGAUGCGCCUUCGUAUCUGCUCAUCGACGUCAUCUACGCAUUACAGUGUUUCACUAUCCUCUGGCAAGAGCCGGCUACCCAAGGGCUACAAGUCCUGAACAAGGAGAAGCAGUGGAUCGACGCGCCGCCGCUCCAAGGAACGCUAGUCAUCAAUCUGGGAGACCAAUUCGCGCGGUGGAUGAAUGAGGUGUUCAAGUCCACCGUGCAUCGUGCCAUCAACAGGAGCGGCGUCCGGCGGUAUUCGAUCCCUCUCUUCUUUGGGACGGACUACGACGUGAAGCUAGAGGGUCCUGUACGCUGCCUAGCACUCCAGCUCGUCCUCUUGGAGUUGCUAGUCAUUGCGUUCUACGCUGUCUAG